CCCGCGGCAGCAGCCGGCGCCCGCGCCCCGGGGCCCUUCACCUGCUGCGGGCGCCCGGGCGGGCGGGCGCAGGGGAGAAAAGGUGCAAGAAGCGAGCACCCCGGGAACCCCAUUCCCUGGGUUCACUCGGCGCGGAGAAGCGACGCCUGCUGACACCGAGAGCCCCGGUGCGCCGUGCACCUGGUCCCCAAGUUCAGGAGCGACACCCCUCCACUGGGAACUAGCCUGCGCAGGGAUCAUUCCAGUCCCAUUGACCCCGGCCCGCCUGCGGGACUCCAGGUGCCUCUUCUGCCCGCACGCCGCGAGCCCUCCUGCCUCCGGCAUCCCCCUCGGCCGGCACGCCCCGCCGCUCCGCGCCCCGGCUGGGCCAUGCCCGGGCUGCGCCGGGACCGCCUGCUGACUCUGCUGCUGCUGGGCGCGCUGCUCUCCGCCGACCUCUACUUUCACCUCUGGCCCCAAGUGCAGCGCCAGCUGCGGCCCCGGGAGCGCCCGCGGGGGUGCCCGUGCACCGGCCGCGCCUCCUCGCCGGCGUGGGACUCGGCCACAGCCGCCUCGGACCCCGGAACUAUUGUGCACAACUUUUCCCGAGCCGAGCCCGGGACUGAACCAGCCGGCGGCAGCCGCAGCGGCUCGAGCUCCAAGCUGCAGGCCCUCUUCGCCCACCCGCUGUACAACGUCCCGGAGGAGCCACCUCUCGUGGGAGCCGAGGACUCGCUCCUGGCCAGCCAGGAGGCGCUGCGGUAUUACCGGAGGAAGGUGGCCCGCUGGAACAGGCGACACAAGAUGUACAGAGAGCAGAUGAACCUCACCUCCCCAGAACCCCCACUGCAGCUCCGACUCGAGGCCAGUUGGGUCCAGUUCCACCUGGGUAUUAACCGCCAUGGGCUCUACUCCCGGUCCAGUCCUGUUGUCAGUAAACUUCUGCAAGAUAUGAGGCACUUUCCCACCAUCAGUGCUGAUUACAGUCAGGAUGAGAAAGCCUUGCUGGGGGCGUGUGACUGCACCCAGAUUGUGAAACCCAGUGGGGUCCACCUCAAGCUGGUGCUGAGGUUCUCGGAUUUCGGGAAGGCCAUGUUCAAACCCAUGAGACAGCAGCGAGAUGAGGAGACGCCCGUGGACUUCUUCUACUUCAUUGACUUUCAGAGACACAAUGCUGAGAUCGCAGCUUUCCAUCUGGACAGGAUUCUGGACUUCCGACGGGUGCCGCCAACAGUGGGGAGGCUAGUGAAUAUCACCAAGGAAAUCCUAGAGGUCACCAAGAAUGAAAUCCUGCAGAGUGUUUUCUUUGUCUCUCCAGCCAGCAACGUGUGCUUCUUUGCCAAGUGUCCAUACAUGUGCAAGACGGAGUAUGCUGUCUGUGGCAACCCACAUCUGCUGGAGGGUUCCCUCUCUGCCUUCCUGCCGUCCCUCAACCUGGCCCCCAGGCUGUCUGUGCCCAACCCCUGGAUCCGCUCCUACACACUGGCAGGAAAAGAGGAGUGGGAGGUCAAUGCCCUUUACUGUGACACAGUGAAACAGAUCUACCCGUACAACAGCAGCCAGCGGCUCCUCAACGUCAUCGACAUGGCCAUCUUCGACUUCUUGAUAGGAAAUAUGGACCGGCACCAUUAUGAGAUGUUCACUAAGUUCGGGGAUGAUGGGUUCCUUAUUCACCUUGACAACGCCAGAGGGUUCGGACGACACUCCCAUGAUGAAAUCUCCAUCCUCUCGCCUCUCUCCCAGUGCUGCGUGAUAAAAAAGAAAACACUUUUGCACCUGCAGCUGCUGGCCCAAGCCGACUACAGACUCAGCGAUGUGAUGCGAGAAUCACUGCUAGAAGACCAGCUCAGCCCUGUCCUCACCGAACCCCACCUCCUUGCCUUAGAUCGAAGGCUCCAAACCAUCCUAAGGACAGUGGAGGGGUGCAUAGUGGCCCAUGGAGAGCAGAGUGUCAUAGCCGACGGCCCAGUGGAACGAUCGGCCCCAGACUCUGGGCAGGCUAACUUGACAAGCUAAGGGCUGGAGGAGUCCAGUUUCAGAAAAUAAACCUGGAGCCAGAGCAGCAGACUCGAGUGCAGACCCUGCUUCUUCACCUCCACCUGUUAAUGCUGGAGGUCAAGUCAGCUAGGAAGGAAGCAGGGUAUUUUCUCAAACAGCAAGUGGGGUCCACAGAACUUGAUCUUUACUCCGGUGCACUGCUUCUGUCGUGCAUUGCCUUGCUCUGUUUUUCCCAAAAAGCACUGGCUUCAAGGCCACAGAUGAUCUCCUGAGUGCACUGGGAAAUCUGGGUAUGGGUCAGGCUUGGCAGCUUUGAUCCCAGGAGAGUACUAACGGUAACAAGUCAAAUAAAAAGACAUCAAGUGGAGACCUGACUGUUCUCAGGAUCCUUAUUCUAUCUACAACUCAAAGAUAACUCCCAGUCCAGACAAAACACCUGGCCUAUCACAAGCUGACUAAAAAUCUACACUUUGGGCCAAGGCAGGCAAUAGUAACUCUCAGACAGGUUCAAAUUAGACCUCACACUUUUGACUCACAUUCUAGUCACUGGCCCCAUCUGAAUAAGUAAUCCCUACAGCCAAGUGAUAGAGCAACUUCUUAGAAGAUGAUUACAAGUGACAAAAAUAAAAUAGGGAUUUGCUCACAAUAUCA